AUUAUUUUUAAAAGGCCAAUCUUGAUUCCUAUUAACACAAAGGAGCCCUUGAUUUGCAGGAAAAUAGGUUUUCUGCAACAUAGAAAUGGAUCUGAAUCUUUCCUGGUGGAGGGUUUUGAGCUUUGUGGGUGUCAUAUUGGCGGCUGUAUUGGUGAAUAUCGUUGUGAAACUAUGGUGGGUGCCUCUUCGCACACAGAAGUUCCUUCGGAAUCAGGGCAUUCAUGGACCCCCAUACAAGUUCUUAUAUGGAAACACCAAAGAAAUACUUGAAAUUAAGAAGCGCGCCAAAUCGUCUUCCUCGAUGAGCACGCCCCACGAUAUUGUACCUCUAGUUGUUCCACACAUUGAUGUGUGGGUGAAACAAUAUGGCAGGGUAUUUGUGUAUUGGGUGGGCACCAAGGCAAGGAUUGUUGUUGGUGACCCAGAGAUUAUGAAGCAGAUUCUGUCCAACAAGUUUGGGCAUUACCAGAAACCAAUGAUCAGCAUUCAAUUGAAACGCUUAACUGGUGAUGGCCUUGUCCGGACAAAUGGAGAGAAGUGGGCUCGUCAAAGAAGGCUUCUCAAUCCGGCCUUUCAUUUAGAAAGUUUGAAGUCAAUGGUUCCAGUGGUAACAGCUAGCACCACAAAAAUGUUGGAGAAAUGGGGAAAUGAAAUUGGUGAGGGUGUGAAAGAAAUUGAGGUCGCAGAAGAACUUCGAUGCCUUACUGCAGAUGUGAUAGCCCGGACAGCUUUUGGGUCUAGUUUUGAGGAAGGAAAGCGUGUAUUUCACAUCCUAGGCGAACUGGCCAUUCUUGCUGGUAGAAGUUUUGGGAAAAUAUAUUUUCCAGGUUCCAGGUUUGUGCCCACUCCAAGUAAUUUAAGGUCUUGGAAGUUAGACAUGGACAUUAAAAGAUCUUUGAGAGAGUUGAUCUUUAAUCGUAAAAAGAACGUUGAGAUGAAGAAACGUGAUAGCUAUGGCACUGACCUUUUGGGCUUGAUGAUGGAUGCUUAUAAGAACGAACUAAAGGACAAAAAUAAUUUUGUGAGACUAUCUCUUGAAGAGAUGAUUGAUGAGUGCAAGACUUUCUUUACUGCAGGAAGUGAGACUACUGCCACUUUACUUACAUGGACACUCGUUGUAUUAGGAAUGCACACAGAUUGGCAAGAUCAAGCAAGGAAGGAAGUGCUUCAUAUCUCCAAGAAAGAAAUUCCAAAAUUUGAUUCCCUCUCUUGCCUUAAACUAGUGAACAUGAUUUUGUAUGAAGUGUUAAGGCUUUAUCCUCCAGCAAUAGUUUUACCAAGAAAGGCUUACAAAAAGAUGCAGCUAGGAAAUUUAAUUAUCCCAGCAGGCAUAGAGCUUAUGCUUAAAUCGAUUAUGGUGCACCAUGAUGUAAAGUUGUGGGGGAAUGAUGUCAAGGAGUUCAAUCCCCUAAGAUUUAGUGAAGGGAUUUCAAAGGCCUCUACCCAUCCUACUGCAUUCAUAAGUUUUGGAUUUGGACCUAGAACCUGUAUAGGCCAAAAUUUUGCAUUGAUUGAAGCCAAGGUGAUACUCAUAAUGAUAUUGCAACAUUUCUCUUUCUCUAUCUCCCCCACCUAUGUCCAUGCCCCUGCAACAAUUUUCACUCUUCGUCCGCUACAUGGUGCUCAAAUCAUGUUUCAAAAGUUAUAAAGUUAAGGCUUCUUUUCAUUUUUGUUCAA